UUUUACAGUCGCAUUUAAGUGUCUUUUUAUUGAAAUAAUAAAAUAAACAUGUCGCUAACGAAUUAUUAUUCCAUGAUGGGUCUCCAGACCGAGGAGCCUUACGGUGCACAUUUCAUCCCGGGAGGCUUGCAGGGUUCGACGGCUGGCUGCGCAAAGCCAGGCCGGGGAGCAGAGGAGGAGGAGGGGACCCCCGGCUCACACAUCCCGGAUUUUUCACACUUUUCCAACAAACAAUCGAGUUUAAAUGGCUUUUCUCCUUGGACAAACACUUCCACUUCCUCCACGUCUUCUUCUCCACAGCUGCAAUCCGCCCCCGGUGCGUCCAUCCCCGGCCUUUUUCAUCCACAUCACCUCCUGAGCCACCACCCCUACUACGGCCCGCAGACACAGACACACGCCGAGCACCUUGCAUCCGCGUCGGACAGCAGGUUCGUGCGCUGCUGGGAAGGGGCGACCCCCACCUCGGAGACCGCUCUGUCCCAAGUUUCCGCCACUUUCCCCGCGUGUCUCCCAGCACAGGGUGACCUCUCCAAUCCAAGCCCGAGGUAUGAGACAAUUAAACCCGAGAGUUCACCCCCGCCACACGACAGUCCCGAAGAUUCCAGCUUUGUCAGUCCGGCUGAGGUGGUCCUGGAGCGGCUUGGGACGGUUGAGGAGCUGGGUAGGAAGCCUGAGCCAAAGAAAGAGGAUGAGGCCAAAAAAACGCAGCAGCAGCAGCUUGACCCGGAAAAUCCAUCAGCGAGCUGGAUCCAUGCCAAAUCGACCCGGAAAAAGAGAUGUCCUUACACCAAACACCAGACCCUGGAGCUGGAGAAGGAGUUCCUCUACAACAUGUACCUGACCAGAGAUCGGCGCCUGGAGGUGGCAGGACUCUUAAAUCUGACAGAGAGACAGGUCAAAAUCUGGUUCCAAAACAGACGGAUGAAGAUGAAGAAGCUGAUGAUUCGGGAGAGGAGGAGUGUGAAUGAAUGAUGCAUC